CAUCGCGGCGUGAAGUGCACCAGGGUUUCGAUUUGUUGCUGAAGACUACUUUAAUGGAUCUAAAAUUUUGAAAUUGGGCCUGUCCAGGCCCAAUAUAAACUACCAAAUUAGGUUUGAUUAUGAUAAUUACGCUCUGUCCCAAUUUCGUUUCUUCGCGCGCCAAAGUUAAUCCUCAGAAGCUCUCAGAAAUCAACCAUGCCGGACUUCAUCGCUCUUCAGUGCUUCAUGUGCUCCACUAUGCAGGUGAAGCAGCAGAAGAAGAGCAGCAACAAGUGGAGCUGCGUGGUGUGCAACGAGAAGCAAUCGGUUCGCAAGGUAUUUGCCAAGAGUACCGCAGCUAAGGAUAUCCGAUUGUUCGUCCAGAAUUUCAACAUGUCUCGUCACUUAUCAGACCAGAAGCAGCAAUUCGCCUUUGAGGAGGAACUCCACGCCUCCAAUUCUCCACGCAACGAACCAGAAGCAACAAAGAAGAAAAGAACUGAUUGGACAGAGUACAUUGACGAUGGCAAUGAAGAACUCAGCGGAAAAAAUCUCCGAGAUGAAAACCUCACACAAGGGGACGAAUUCGAUCCUAAGAUUGUGCUGGAGAUGCCCAAGUCUCUGUUCAAAAAGCCAAAAGUGAAAAACUAUACAUCCAACAAACAAGGAAGCACUGAGAAGCUUUUGAAGCCAUUGUUUCCAAGUAGAAGAAGUAAUCUCAACCAGAGGCACACAAAGGAUCAUGAUAAAGCUAUUUCACAGUCGAUGAAUGAAUUCAAGCAAACUACCAAUUCUGUGCAACAGACGACAAAGGAAACUGAUAAAGCAGUUCAUAUUGCAGAAGAGGAAAAGAGUUAUGCUUCAAGAUUGGCUAAGGGGCAAGUUUCUAAAUGGAGUAGCUUUAUAGAAGAAGAAGAAGAGGAAGACAAUAGCUACUACAACUUGCAAAGAGGCAACUCGUCGGAUCAUGGAGAUCAGGAUAAAGACAAUGUGGUCGUAUCACUAAUCAACGAUCAAAGAGUCGAGGAUGAUAUUCACCCCGACUUUCUAUGAUCAUCAGUACCAGUUUCUUCAAAGACUGAUUCCCCGUGUUUGGUACUGUUGCUGCCAAUCGAAGCACUUCCAUAGCAUCCGCAACUUUCUUCUUCAAAGCAUCAGGAGAUUCAAUGAGGUGAAGCACUUCAGUUUGGUCCAUCUCCAACAACAUGCCAGUUACUUUCCUCGCAUGAUUGGGCUUGAGGCGUUCGACGAGCGGGUAGAGGUGUUCGCCGAGCAUCUGCAGAUAAUAUGCAAUGUCUUUAGCCAAGUAGUCGAGCAAUAAUUGAUGCUAACUUAACAGUGGAACUAACCAUGCACUGGUUCUCAGGAGAAGCCGAGGCCAAAGCCGAAGCAAGUGUAGAUCUCGAUAUAGGCACCGGGAUCGGAAUUUCCAUGGCAGCCGAUGCAUUGAGACGCAUAGGCACGACUGAUCCCAUUAGAGUCUGGGCAGGUAAUGAAUGAUUAACUCCAUUGCAUUGAUUUGUUGUAUGUCGAUUGGAACCUUGAUUCGAGUUGUGCUGUAUCACACAAUUUAGAAAGUACGUAGAUUUUUUAAGUUUUGGAUUUGAAUAAAUUGAAGAAACCAUUUAGGCAAAGAGAGACCAGAUGUUGCUGUUGUUGAGAAUUGCCGCAUCUUCUUGGGCCGGAGCGUUGUUGUCCUACGGGUUGAUUUUGUCGUUGAAGAUGGAAUGGUACAAAAUUUGACGACAUAGUAGGCGGCAAUCCGGCUAAUAGUUGCUGUUGAUGGAAUCCAAAUGCAGGAUUAACCUGUCCUAUGUAAAGUGGUUGAUGUCUAAACUGAAGCGAACCCGUUUGGUGCGCAGGAAUUCCCGGCAAUGGUGAUAUUGUCCCGGAGGUUCGCAAUCGAGCAAAAUGUGCCUGAAACAAAAAAAUUAUUGAUACAAAGCGCAGAGACCUAAUGUAAUAGUUGGCCACGAUGUCUAAACUUCUUUUAGUAAAUAUUUCUAGACGUUCGAAGAUUUUUAUAUAAAAAUCCAACAAACAUCAUGCAUCAUUAGGGGUGGAAAUAGGCCAGGCGGCCUGUCAGGGGCCUAUGACCUGGCCUACAUCAAGCCUGGCCUGGCCUGUUCUAUUUAUUAGAAAGGCCAGGUUCAGAUUUUUGUUAAAGCCUGUUUAUAUAUACAGAAUAGGCUUAGGCUUAUGAAAAAGCCUAUUUACUAAACAGGCCGGCCUGUUUAAUAAUAAUAUUAUUAUUAUA